GAUGGGAGGAGAGGAGGGGAGACUGGAGAGUCGCCAGUCCUGCACUACCGAUCACUGAGGCAACAUCACCCGCUCUGAACGCAAGGGACGCGCACGUUAUCCACAACAGAGAAGCCCGAUAUAUAAACUCUCUACAACAGAAUAAACUGGAAGAUAGCGACUGAGGAUUCUCUGAAGGAAUUACAAAGAGAUAAAUAUUACAGCGAAUGAACUGUCAUCUUCAUUGGCAUCGGAUGACCUUGUUUGCAUUUGUAUCCUUACUACUAGAAAACUCACCAGCGCUUUUUCCAAAACUUGAAUGCACCUCUUCUAAGUGCACUUAAACGUUGGUAAACGAGAGGGCCGCCUGACAGACAGACACUUGUUAUCAAUAAUCAUUCAUCAUUGUUAUCAAUUAUCAUUUUCAGUUUCGCAUUUUACUUUCAAGGUUGAAGAUAAUUCGUGAGCGUCAGCCUUUCCAAAACAGGUUAUGGACAUUUAUUUGACGUGAAAUGUAUCCCCAUUUUUGCAACAACAAAAAAAAUAACCACGUCCUCCAGCCUUGAUCGUUUGGGAUUUUAAUGAAGUGUUUGAAGAGCGAGGAUUGCAACCGAAACCAGUGUUUCACAAAGCUUAUCUUUACCAAAUAACCUCGAUUUUGGAACACUGCAAGCCCUGUCGGCUGUAUUUAUCGAAGGAACAAUCAACACAAUCAACAUGCGACGCCUCCCAUCCCGGUUGAGUUAUCUGUUCCUACACUUCUUUGCAUUCUGCUACUAUGCUCAGGUAACCAAUCAGUCCUCGCCUAAUUUCACGCAGCAUGUAAGCGAACAGAGCAAGGUGACGGACCGUGUGAGCCGCAGGUUAAUUCGGACCUACCAGCUUUACAGCCGAACCAGCGGGAAGCACGUGCAGGUUCUGCCCAACAAGAAGAUCAACGCCAUGGCAGAUGAUGGAGACAUAUACGCCAAACUCAUCGUAGAGACGGACACGUUUGGAAGUCGCGUGCGGAUCAAAGGAGCAGAGACAGGAUUCUACAUCUGCAUGAACAAGAGGGGGAAGCUGAUCGGAAAGAGAAAUGGGCAAGGCCACGACUGCAUCUUCUCAGAGAUUGUCCUGGAGAAUAACUACACAGCGCUGAGAAACGCACGCUACGAGGGCUGGUACAUGGGGUUCACCAGACGUGGACGCCCCCGGAAAGGCUCGCGAACGCGGCAGCACCAACGUGAGGUCCAUUUUAUGAAACGAUUGCCUCGGGGAUCCCAUCCCACCCAUCCGGCCCAGCACAAGCCCUUUGACUUCGUCCACUACCCCUUCAGCCCCAGGACUAAACGCACACGCUUCUCAGCCAAACGCUGAGGGGGGCAGAGAGAGAGAAAGAGGAGGAGAAAAAACACUGACUGAAGCAGGAAUUUACUCCUCUGUCCAAAACCUCUAGACAUUUUUUGUACCGAACAUUACUAUACCUAACAUGUAGUUUUUCUAUUUUUUCAGAAAGUAAAUUAAAAAAAAAACGUUAAAAAAACAAAUAAGAAGUCUAUUUUUGUACUUGAGACUUUUAGUACUGACCUGUGUUAAGUUGGUUUUAGAUGCACAUAACUCAUCAUCGGACAUUUGGGGUGCUGACGUUUUAGUAGAGCGUGAAAUUUUUAUCGUCUCUGUAUUUUAGGUUGUGUUUUUGCUUUUGUUUGAUGGUUCAGAGUCGUUUGGACUCACACUUGCUGCUCCAAGAGACUUGAAGGGCCCUGAUCGACCGCACUGCCAGAAAAUGCUGCGUUCAGAGACACAUACAGUACACACACACACACACACAAAGCAUCAAUGCUGCGUUCAGAGACACAUACAGUACACACACACACACACACACACACACAAAGGAUCAAUGCUGCGUUCAGGAGCGCAUUAUUGAGUAAUGUCGCAUUCAGUCUUACACACAGCCACGCCACCUCUGUUUUGAACACUCUGGUGUGACCUUGCUACUUCUGGAAUUCUAUACAGACAAACACAGUUAAAGCAAAUAGAGCUUUAAGUACACACAAUGGAAAAUGUGGCAGCUACAUUGAUAAUCACAGGUUUCUUGCUAUAGUUAUAACUAAACUAGAGAUGUAAAAAUGCAUUGACAUGUAGGAAACCCCCUUUGAUUUUGUUGCCCUUUGUUUGUCUGUUUUUAUACAUAUAUAAAUCUAUUUUUAUUUGAGGAUGUGUGCAAAUAAUUUUAAUGAUGGAAUAUUUAUUUAAAAUGUGUAAUAAAUGUACAUUAGA